AAUCGGUGCAAAAUAGUUCGCUCAACGCCUCAACGACAAUCUAACUCCUAUUAAUUGCAAAUAAAUUCCGUCCUAUAUUCAUUUCCCUCUUCAUAUGCCUCUGUCAUACACCAUUUCAGAAAAACCCAUCUGGCUUUGAAGCUUGAAUGUCAAAUCCUGAGGCGAGAAAGAUGAAGGUGACUGUCACAACACGUAGCGGCAGAGAACUCAUCAAGGGAGGCCUUGAACUUAGCGAUUCGGCUACUGUCGCUGAUCUGCAGGAGGCCAUUCACAAACGGACCAGAAAAUACUAUCCAUCUAGACAGCGGUUAACUCUCCCUCUUCCAUCUGGGUCGAAGGAGAGACCUAUAAUUUUUACCUCAAAAAAGAGUCUGAAAGAAUAUGCCGAUAGCAACAAGGAGUUAACUGUGGUUUUCAAGGACCUCGGUCCACAAGUCAAUUAUAGCACUCUUUUCUUUUGGGAAUACUUGGGUCCUCUCAUACUCUAUCCAGUUUUUUACUUCUUCCCAGUGUACUCACUUUUUGGCUAUAAGGGCGAACGUGUCAUCCAACCAGUUCAGACAUAUGCCCUUUACUACUGGUGCCUACACUACUUCAAACGUAUUAUGGAAACUUUCUUUGUGCACCGGUUCAGCCAUGCUACAUCUCCUCUUUCAAAUGUUUUUCGGAACUGUGCUUAUUACUGGACUUUUGGUGCUUGGAUUGCUUAUUAUGUCAAUCAUCCACUUUACACGCCUGUAAGUGGUCUCCAGAUGAAGGUUGGGUUCACGUUCGGUUUACUCUGCCAAGUGUCGAACUUUUAUUGCCAUAUAUUGUUGAGAGGUCUACGAAGAACUGAUGGCAGUGGCUACCAAAUCCCACGUGGAUUUCUGUUCAACAUUGUUACGUGUGCAAACUACACGACCGAGAUCUAUCAGUGGCUAGGGUUUAACAUUGCUACACAGACCGUAGCAGGUUACAUAUUCAUGGUAGUGGCUGCUGGCAUAAUGACAAACUGGGCCCUUGCCAAGCACCGUCGUCUGAAGAAGCUAUUUGAUGGGAAGGAUGGAAAGCCAAGAUAUCCCCGUCGAUGGGUGAUACUGCCCCCGUUCCUGUAGAAGCAACAUGCGCAGAAGGAUAAUACCAAGUAUAUUGUCUCCAGAUACUGAACAUACUACAUGCUGAACUCAUUGUUUCGCAAUCACAUGAUCCUAAUUAAUAUGCUCAAUUUAAAAUUGAAUCCCGUUCAAUACAUCAUACAUACAUGAUGUAGUAGUAUAGUUUAUCAAUCAAGACCAACCGAGCUGAAUUAUACUAUAAUUGUUCACGAUAGUUUGUUUAUUUUCAUCUACGCCGUAAACUUUUUAUUUUAUGUUUUAC